AAAAAAAAAAAAAGACCCACGACCUGCAGCGCACGUCCCACACGCACGUCGGCCUCCUCAUCUCCCGUACCCGUCGUUCCCGAUCCCAUCUCUCUCCCCGCUCCAUCGAAUUUUUUUCUGACUCUCGUUGAUGCACCACGGCCACCUGAUCCCGGCGAUGGACGCGGCGUUGCAGCUGGCCGCCCAUGCCACGCUCGCCAGCAUCGUCGUCACGCCAACCUACGCCGCGCGCCUCCGCCCCGCGGUCGAGUCGUCUGGCCUGCCGGUGCGGCUCAUGGAGCUCCCGCUCGACCUCGCCGGGACCGACGAUGUCGGCCAGAUCCCGCUGGACGAGGAGGCCGCCUACCUCCUCGCCGCGUCACGCCUCCGAGACCUGCUGGAGCGGCACCUCCGCGCCCACGCGCCGCCCGCGACGUGCAUCGUGUCCGACAUCUGCCACCCGUGGACGGCGGGCCUCGCCGCCGGCCUCGGCGUCCCGCGGCUUAGUUUCCUCGAAUGCCACGGUCGUCGACGAGAGGGUCCUCGGCGACUGCCUCAACGAGAUCACCCGCGCUCCUGCAGGCCUUACUCUUCCCUUACUCCUGCAUCAUCUAUUAUCUUCUUCAGCUUUACCAAGCGACCAAUCAGUUGUGCAGAUGAUACGCCACUCAAGGCGAGGCAAUCCGAGCACAUCUGCUAUUGGAGAUGACGAAUAAUUAGCCGGGCUACUGCUCGCGCUGAUGCCCCCUUGCAAAAAACAGAAGUAACAGUAGUACUCACCUCAGGUAAUUGGUCCUCCUGAAUAGAUUUUCAAUUGUGUCUCUGAAUUGUUUACGAACAAAAAUCUUCAAUAUUAUAUACUACGUGUAGGUAGUGCAGAGUUGUAGACCCUAUGGCUAUGUAUACAUGUUGUGUAGUGAUCAUGUGCUAGACUAAUAUUUUUUUAACAUGGAAGCAUUGUCCAUGAAAUAUUUUUUAUUCUCUCUAUGAUGCUUGAUGUAUGUUUGAUUGUCGGGCUAAGGUUUUAAAAACCUGAAUUGGCUAUAAGUGCAUCACGUCUUGCGUUUUAAUAUCUUAUCAUAUUACAGACCGAUAUCUUAUAGGUGACCACUUGUAUUACCUCUGCACAUAUGGAUGCAUCACACUGUAUAAGGUUAUCUUCCAAUGAGAGGGAAAAUAAAAACAAAAGGUGUAAGAAUACGAGUCUGCAUGCAGAUGUAUAAGGGCAUUAACAACUUCAAGUUUAUAUUUGGGCCCAUGACCUGUUCAAUACUUAUUUCUCGGUCCAACUUAUAGUUAUUUGCAAGUUUACUUCUCUGUUUUUUGUUGUUGCUGGAUCUAAAAAGUACAGACACUGUGCUUCCCCAUAUCCACAAGGUGAUUCCCCAUAUUUGCAAGCUUACUUCUCUGUUUUUUGUUUUUUAUUAUUGCUAACACUGUGCUUCCCCAUAUCCACAAGGUGAUUCCCAAGUGAGAGAUUCCAAGGAUAUUCAACAUUAAUGGAAUUUAGUUCUUGAUAAGGAUCAUGAAAUAAUGAUUAUGAGCUACGACUAAUUCACUACCGCAAUGUUAUGAAUAGGGGAUUGCAAAAUAACGAGCUGGGUUAUUCAACAAGGUUUGAAUUUAGUUCUCGAUCUUCUGUAUGUGAGUGAACUGGUCGUGUGUCGGACCAGGAAGUUAAUAGUGUAUUCAUCAAGCUUACAACAUAUGUGGAACAUCAACGGAUUUACAGUUCUAACUCUUCCCCAUGCAAAAACUGUGAGGGGCUGUGCGGCAGUCUGCCCAUGUCCCCAAGUGCAUAUUAUAGUAGAGUAUGCGUCUAACCUUAUAGGUUAGUCAACAAUUUUCUUUUUAGCUUCUUGAGACUAUAAUACUCUGUUUUGUGUCCCAAAAAUUGUUGGAAGGAAUAUAUAAGUGGCGAUGUAGUUUGAACAAAUACAAAAUGUCUUUCGCAAAUAUUACCUUUUGGUAAAAAAAGAAUUGCCAUCUAUACUGGCUAAAUUAUAUCUUAGAAGAUAAUUAAGUGACUUCUACUGGUGGAUUCAUCGACGGUAUUAUACUAAAGCAUUUUGUAAGAAUGUAUUUGAUAGUAUAAGAUUCUGGUAAUUGAAGAAAAUUGUGAUAGUUAAGGGGCUUGAUUAUUUUGAUAGUCACAAUUGACGGAGGUGUAGGAGUGUAUGUAAGUUAAUUAUUCUGUUUGGAAGACACAUAGGCUGAUCAUGUUUGUGAUCUUCACUUUAUAAAUAUUUUUAGUGUUUCCACUUUGAUAAUAUAGAAUUAGUACGAUGAACAAAACCAUGUAUUUCCAAACAUACAAAAAUUUCAGUAACUCACAGGAUAUUCUUAUUGUUAUACAGAUCGGAUGCAUCGCGCUGGGUGCAGGACAGAAUCAGAGUUUUGACAUCCCUUAAACUUUGUAGAAUGAACUGAAUUUUUGAUUUCUUUUGAACUGAAGCAGCAAGGCACCAGUUAGUACUCUGAACUAAUUUUAGGAUGUUGAUGAUUUGCCGUCGUUUCUUUGUUAAGUUGAUGCCAGCUAAUGUGUUUAUAAGCGAUUCAAGAUUUGCAGCUAGAUUGAGUGGAUGAACUUGCUUUGGAGGUGCGAUUAUAAGCUUGCGUACUCUUUGCUGUUAACACAAACUUGAUGUUUAUAAACUUUGAGUUGAUAAUUUAGUGACUGGGCUGCACAUAUUUUUAUUUGGAGAUGUUCAGGAUUUAGUUUGUGUCUCUUAUUUAGGAGAGCAUAAAAGUACUUCUCAUUUGGUGGAUUCAUUUUUAGUUACUUAUUACAUUUGGGAGAGUGCAUUAGCACGAUGUGCUUAAGGUGAUAAUUUUAGUACACUGGAGAGUCGCACAUUUGCAGAAUAGUUGCAUUGCAUGUGAUUAAUAUAUUUAGCGGAAAAUUUUGGUGGUGGCCUAGAUGAAAUGAGAUUUUGCAAGUACGGCUGCCUAGGAGAUAAAACUAGAUAAAUGAAAUUACUGUAAGAUAUUUUUUAUAUCAUCAUCGUGUGUGUUUGGUCAAAGAUAACAUACCGCCCCCAAUUUUUUAGUACUCCCUCCGUCCGGAAAUACUUGUCACAAGAAUGGAUGUAUCUAGAUUUAUUUUAGUUCUAGAUAUAUCUUUUUUUAUUCAUUUAUGCGACAAGUAAUUCCGGAUGCAGGGAGUAGAAAAUUGUUGCUUGAGAUGCUUAAAUGGUGUGUCGCAGCAAUUAUAUUCUUCUCCCUCGUAUGCAUAUAAUACACUUCAGGAGUAAUCCAUCGUGGUCAUUAAUAAUUGAAAUUUAAACUACAGCUACUUUACAUGAAAAUGCUUUCAUUGGUUGUGAUGAUUAUUUAUAAACAAAUCUGUGAAGUGAAUAGAGCUCAUUUACCAAAGUUAUGUCAAAUGCUAACAAUACUUCAGCUAAUAAUUAUCCGCAACUACAGACUGAACUCCUUUUCUUGUUAUCCGUUCAUCUAUUCAUUUUGUGAAAAUGCAGUGUGCUGCAACCUGCAGGCAUGCUAGACGUGGUAGUAAUGAGAUACAAUGACACUUGAAAACAUAUGUUGCAUGAUAUGUCGGUUCUGUUUUUCGGUUACGUUAUUUGGAGCUGUAACUUGGAAAAGGAAACCAUUAUAUAAUACGGAGUAUUUGUUUAUUGUUCAACCGCCUUUGCUAAUUCCAUCUGAAUUUUUCAUGUCCACCCUUGAAUAGUUCGGUGUUCCAUAACAUUGCCACUGUUAUCAUCCUUGGAAAACUAACAACUUUUGAUAUCUUUCCUACAGUGGUUGCUCUCCGUAAUCUUUUGGAGAAGAAGCUCUACUACCAGGUAUACGUUCGGCUUGUCAACCACGUUCCUUGGCUUCGUCCUGCUCCUCGGCAGAUCCACCAUGUUGAGUCCAUGGCGGCGUCCGCAUCGGCCACAGCAAAGAUCACGGCUAACUCCGCCGUCCCAUGGCCAAAGACAUGUAAAUGCAGACCCCAGACGAUUGGUUACCACUCUGUUUUGCACGUGUAUUGCAUUCUUUGAUGAUCUGUUUCUUUUCAUCUUGGCUGAGUACAACGCAGUAUUGGCGAUGUAAGUUUUGGCUUCCAAGCUCUGAGCUUGCUGUAUAGUGUGUUAUUGAGACUGCUAGGCUUUGCAUAGCUUGUAAUCUGGAGCUAACUGACGUGCGGUGAGUUGUGGAAUCUCUCAUGUUUCCAGUGCUGUCUCCGUCUCCUAGGCAAGUGAAUGUCGUGUACUCAUGUAAAAAAAAUGCAGUGUACUUCACUUUCGCAUGUGGGACGGAGUACUUCUUUUGAUC